CAUGUCUCGUCCAUUUCAACCCUUACGCAUAUUUUAGAGCGAGAGCUACAAUGAUCGACUUAAUGAAACCCUAAAUUCAGUACCUCUCUCGAUAGCCGGAUACUCGGUCGAAAUGAGCUCGUUUUCGAUAGACAGUAUUCUCGCUCUUGAGGAGAGCAAGUGUGGAAGAAGGCAAGGAAACGAAACUCGCAAAAAUGUUACUAGCCUGAGCCUUGAAGAACUUCGAGACCAAGAGAUCAGUACGUCUAAGUGUGAAGAACGUAACAGUAGUUCUCCAGAUUCAAGUCCAGCUCGUGGAACGGAACAAUCUUCUUACGAAGGUACAGACCCAGCUAACAUCCCUAUAUUUCCCUCGCAGUUUAGUUGUCUUCAAUCGGCUCUAUAAAUUCUAUUUUUGUCGAUAAGUGGAGACUCAAGUGUCACAAUCGCAAUAUUCUACUUGCCAUAUUCUUAAAUUGCGCAUCAAGUACUUAACCAAGGGUUACAUGUAAAAGAAAAUUUUCAUGUUUUGGAUUUUACACGGGACACAUAAACAAACUCAGCAAGAAAGUGUAAUCACGCAAGAAAUGCAUCGCGCAAAAUCAAAUUCACGAAGCGUGCGAAAAAUUUCUGGUAAAUUGCGUCAGUGUUCCGCGUUCCUGCAUUCUGUUUUUCAGUUCGUCGAUCGUCAUUUCCGUUUUUAACAUUUUUCUUCCUUUUAUUUUAGCUGAUUCUACAGAGAGACUCGAUGUAGAGGAUUUUAGCAACGAAAACGAAAAUGACCCAGAAACGGAAAUUCCCAACACUAAAAAGCGAAAACGAAGAGUGCUAUUCUCUAAGGCGCAGAUCUUCGAACUUGAGAGACGCUUUAGACAGCAACGGUACCUUUCUGCGCCAGAACGGGAACAGUUAGCUCGACUUAUAAACCUCUCUCCGACACAAGUAAAAAUAUGGUUUCAGAAUCACCGGUAUAAAUUCAAGAAGCAGAUCGGGGAUAAAGGACAUCUUGCGAGCGAGGCCUUGCCUUUCAUGAGCCCAAGACUUGUUCCCGUCCCUGUUCUUGUGCAUGAAGGCCAGCCUUGUUAUAGACAUAGAACUUUAACCACUCCAAGGCAGGAAUUCAGUAAUGGAUUCUCCGGUUAUCCUCCAGUGCCUUUCCUGUACUCGAGCACCGGCGCUGUAUACAAUAAUCGCUUCUGGGGCUUUUCUUAGAUUAGGGUAAUGCUUUAGUAAAUAGCGUUCGAGUCAGUUAUUUUGACGCUACUAACGCAACCAAACAUCUAAUCCCGUUCGUGUUUAUACAACUUAGCUGUUACUCUAGGGGUUAAUAUUUCGUAUUCCAUUCAACAUUAGACGUUUUGUGUAAUACCUUCAAGAUUAUCGCUUUUUAACAUUCAAAAUUUGCCAGACAAGUCUGUGAUGAAACAGAACAGUCUGUGUUCUUAAGCUGGUGGCCCAGUUUACUUUGAAAAAGCUUUAGGGUUAAGCUUCGUUUGAAGAGUUCUUGAAGUUUCGCCAUGUGCAACACUAGCUUAUGUACAAAAGAUUACCGGUCAUAUCUAUUUGUAUUCCUGCUCAUGAAAUACUUCAUUCUCAGCCGACAAGGACUCUAAGAACAGAAGUCUUAAGAUUCUCACCAUAGGCGCGAAACAUUUGAUAAAUCCUCACUGCUGGGUGUUUAUUGUUGAGAGUUUUAUUGUCUUCAAGUCAAACUGCCCUGUGACAACGGCUCGGUUUAACAUAGAAUUGCAAUAUUUGCCGAGAUCUUGGCAAACAAGUUGUAUAUGGUCAUAAGAUUUUGUAAUCUACUAAGUAAUAUGUAAGAGCCACUGACAAACUCAGGGAUUAGGAUAUCCUUUUCUACUGGCCAUUAAAUAACAAUAAACUCCUCAGUGUACGAAAAGAAAUCAACCGGACGCAGUUUGCGCCAACAAAGAAACGAUUUUUUAUUGUUGUUAGUCUCCUUUGCGUGGGUUUCUUAGGACAUGAUCAACGUCUAUUAUAGGAUCUCAAACCUCGUUGGAAAAAAAAAGGGAUUUAAAGAUGUUGGGAACGUGAUGUUAUCUUUUUAGGCGGAGCGUUGCGGCGAUUCUUAAGCUCUACGUAUUUUCGCGGUAAUAGGGAUAAGUAAUGAUAAGAGUGCAUUCGUUAUAACCUUGGUCCGGAGAGAUUGGCGCGGAACUCUAUCUUAAGUGCCAAGCGCGGCCUUCAUCUCAACUGUCGCUUUAAAAUAGAACUGAUUUGCGACUUGGUUGGACUUAUCUUUGCGGAGGAGGCGGCUAUAUCGACCAAAGCCGGGCGAGCGGGAAAACGAGAGAAAGACCUUUUCUUCAAGGGGUGCGUUGAGCAUUGCGCGCAAUAUUCAUAUCGAUGUCAACAACCAUUGUUUGACGUUCAAGGAAAAUUUCCAAAUUUGCAGCUUAACGCCAGUGUUUACAGAGCUCUGGUUUGCGUUAAAAUGAUUAACAAGGAGUUAAUCUUCAAAAUUGAGUCUUCAAGGCCAGGUUUAAGCGAUUACGCUUAGAAAAUUAGAGACAUUUUAGAAUUCCAGUGUCGCUAAGUAUUUCAAAAGGUAGCUACUUACAGUAUUGACAGGAAAAUAGUAAAUAAAGAAAUACAGUUUAAAAGUAAUAAAGGGCUUUUGUAACUCCGCUUAAUAGAAUAUACACCAAUAGUCAUUAAUUCAAGAUUGGAAUGAUAAUUUUUGCUAGAAAUAAAUCGAGAGAUCUAUGCGAUAUCUCGACAGGUAUGUUCAAAUUUGCUCCACGAGUACACACAGCUUGUAGCGGU